CAUGUUGCUUGUUUCGUAGUAGCAAAAUAUUGUUUUCCCUACGUUGAUCUCGAAUUAAGUUAGAAAAAUGUUAUUAUUGUGUGCUAAUAUUGAGCUAGCAAACACAUCCAUCGAAUAAGGAAAUCGAAUGACUAAGGAGAAGUACAAGAGAAUCUCAAGAAUGGUGAGCAAAUCGUUUUUGUGGGGAGUGAUUGCCGCCUCGCUGACCUGGUCUGUCAGUUUGUAUCUGUACUGGAAUCUCAUGACCGAUGGAACUGGAGCUGCGUCUUCUUCGCCGGCAGCUUUGGCUUCCUCGAACGAACAGCGGGUCGCCCCGGAACCUGUUGAACAGGUGGUGCCACAGCAUCGGCAUAGCAAUCUGAUUGAAUCGGAUUCGUUGGAGGGCAAGUCGAGGAACGAAAAGAGUUUUAGCUUCUUCAAGGAGAAGUACAAGCGGUACCAGAAGGAGCAGGAGUACCGGAAGAUUAGCCACAAGCUGUUCGAUGAGUUGCGGCCGAUGGUGCCGAACGGGACGGAUGAGUUUGGGAUGGUGAGGAACUCGGAGGAGCAGUUUAUACGGGACGUGGGUUACAGGAAGCAUGCGUUCAAUGUGCUUGUUAGCAGCAAGAUUGGACCGUUUCGAGAGGUUCCGGAUACGAGGCAUAAGCUGUGCCCCGAGCAAAGCUACGACAAGGUGCUUCCGUCCGCUUCGAUCAUCAUGUGUUUCUACAACGAACACCUGCAGACGCUGCUCCGAUCGGUAAACUCGGUGCUCCAACGAACUCCGGCCUACCUGUUGCACGAGAUAAUCCUGGUGGACGAUUGCAGCGACUUUGACGAUCUGGGCGAUGAUCUGGAGGUGGGGCUGAAAAAGUUCAACAAUUCCAAGGUAAGACUGAUACGGAAUCGGGACCGGGAGGGCCUGAUGCGGUCACGGGUGUACGGUGCUCGGAAUGCCACCGGGGACGUGCUGGUGUUUCUGGACAGCCACAUCGAGGUGAAUGUGGACUGGAUUGAACCGUUGCUGCAGCGGAUCAAGGUGAAUCGGACGAUUCUGGCGAUGCCGGUGAUUGAUAUUAUUAAUUCGGACACGUUUGCGUACACAUCGAGUCCGUUGGUACGGGGAGGGUUCAACUGGGGACUGCACUUCAAGUGGGAUAAUUUGCCGAAAGGGUCGUUGGCCAAAGAGACGGACUUUGUUGGUCCGUUUCAGUCGCCGACCAUGGCUGGUGGGCUGUUUGCCAUGGAUAGGAAAUACUUUAAGGAGCUAGGUGAAUACGACAUGGGGAUGGACGUAUGGGGUGGAGAGAACCUGGAGAUUUCUUUCCGGGCUUGGCAGUGUGGUGGAUCUAUCGAGCUGUUGCCGUGUUCGAGAAUUGGUCACGUUUUCCGCAAGCGGAGACCUUACGGAUCUCCGGACGGAACGGACACGAUGAUACGGAACAGUUUGCGGCUGGCACGCGUCUGGAUGGACGAUUACAUCAAAUAUUUCUUCGAGAAUCAACCGCAUGCCAACAAGCUCGACGCCGGAGACUUGUCCGAGCGGCAGGAACUUCGAAAUCGUCUCAACUGCAAAUCAUUCGAGUGGUACCUGAAGAACAUCUACCCACAGCUGAGGCUCCCAGGGGAAAAGACCACCGACGCGAACGUGUCGCAGCCCAAGUUCCAGCCGUGGCACUCGCGCAAACGGAACUACGUCAGCAGUUUCCAGAUCCGGCUGAGCAACUCGAGCCUCUGCAUGACCACGGAAAGUACCAAGGAGAAGAGCCUGUGGAAGAAGGGCUCGCACCUGGUGCUGCAACCGUGUUUGCGGGUCAAAACGCAGAUGUGGUACGAAACGGAAAAGGCUGAGCUGGUGCUCGGGCAGCUGCUGUGUCUGGAGGCACCCUCGAGCGCGACCAAGGGCACCCCGAUGCUGAAUAAGUGUCACGAGAUGGGCGGCGAUCAGGCGUGGAAGCAUCGGAAGACGAAAGGAACGCCCAUCUACAACAUCGCGUCCGGCAGCUGUCUGGCGGUGCACGAGAUCCGGAAGGGCGCCCCCGUGGGGCUGGAUCUGUGCGUCAACUCUCCGCGAAGCACGUGGGAUCUGGUGAUUUCCUGAGUGUACGCGUUACCAUUUUUGUGUAUAUCAGUGGGUAGAUAAUUCGAAAUCUGAUUAAUUAUAAGUAUAACGUUGUUUUUCUAUAAUAUAUGUUCUUCCAUAAAAUUAAA